AUGUGGAUGCUACUCGCCCUCGUUGUUCACCUCGCCGCUGCGUUCCCCGCCAACUGGAAUGAGACAACUGCUUGUCCCCGCGAUGCACUAUAUACCUCUCUCAUUGAAGAUGGCGGCGGCUUCUGCUCGAGUGUUCUGGAAGGGAACCACUGCGGUGCUGGGUACAGCACGCCUGCUGAGUAUUGCGAGUGUAUUCUUACUACGGAUGCUAUGACUUCGUCGAGCAACUCGUCCCGAACGACGGCGCGGGAAAGCUCAGUUACGAUUGAGUACUCGGACUCGCAGAGUAUGGAUAUAGAGACGUCGGCGUCAGUGGGACAACCCGGCUCUGGGAGAUAUACCGAGACUUCAACGACUGGAGUCAAAUCAACGACAUCUGGACGUGGGAAUGGGACUCGAUCAACUUCGGCUUCUGCCGGAGAAACAACAGGAGAUACUCCAAGGACGAGCCCGUAUACCAACACCAGUAUAUCUGCUACGGAAACACUCAGUCAGGGCUCAACGGGGUCUAGGAAUUCAUGGAACUUUACCACCUCUGGUGAGCCUUCGGAUACUCGCGGUCCCGUUUCGACAUCAACCUCACGCAUUCAGAAUCAAACCUCCAGCACACAGCCUAGCUUAUCAUUCACCGGAUCUGGUAACCAGUCCCAAACUCUCCAAUCCAGCAUAGGAGCAACAUCACAACCGUCAGAUACUCACGAACCUGCAAUGACGCAUUCCAGCACCACGGGCGGCUCGCUACCGAGGCCUAUUCCUGGAAACUCGACUUCGAAUGCUUCGGAUAGUGGCACACGUCCAACCGGCUCAACUUUCACAAGGUGGAACUCAAGUCUGACCAUCCCGAGCAUCAGUAUCUCUGGGACAGGGAGUUUUGUGCCUUUCCCAACUGUGCCGUUCCCUACGAUCUCUGUCUCUACAGGUUCUGAGGUCUCUUCGGUUGGGAGUGUGGUCCCUGGUAUCAAUGGUACUACCUCUGCAUCGAGGGGCAAUGACUCGAUACCGACCAUCAGUGUAUCCCGUGGGUCAUUUGUGCCGUUUCCGACUUUGUCAUCGCCGAGUCAAUCAUCUUUAGAGGCAACCUCGAGUGGUAGCUUCGCUCCGACCUGGAAUAGUACUUCUUUGCCUUCUGGGGGUAACGCAUCAGUCCCAACGAUCAGCAUACCCCUGACCGAAACUUCUGCCCCCAUCCCGGGUCUACCACUCCCAACUGAGUCCCUUACAACAGACUCUGGAGCCAGUAGAAGCGUGCCCUCCAGUUGGAACAGCACUACCUCUGCUCUAGGUGGGAAUCUGUCGAUACCAACGAUCAGUAUAUCCAGGACUAGCACUUUCGUACCGUUUCCGACUCUACCUUUCCCGAGCGAGUCCAUUACCACAGGCUCUCAAACGAGUGGUAAUCAAUUCCCAGGUCUGAACGGUACUGCCUCUUCCCAGAGCAGGAAUCUCUCUAUACCGACCAUCAGCAUAUCUCGAACUGGUAGUUUUGUACCGUUCCCAACACUACCACUACCGACCGAAUCACUGUCUACCAAUUCUGGGAACUUGACAAGUUCAGCGGGAGGUAGUAGUGGUGUGCCGGGCCUGAAUGGUACUGCUUUCCCGACAGGAGGUAACGUUUCUGUUCCGACAAUCAGUCUCUCACAGACUAGAACGUCAGGACCUUUCACAACAGGUUCUCUCCCCAGUGUCUCUUUGCCGACAGUGCCUGGGUCAACGUCGAGCUCGACUGGAAGCGGAAGCGUUGUGCCGAAUCGAAAUACUACAACUGGUGGAUCAGGAGGUCCUGGCUCUAAGCCGACUACCAGCUCACUCGAGUCCGGACCUGUUGUGUCUCUUCCAACAGACUCCGGGGUCCUUCCCAGUACCACCCAGAGCGGAGAUCUCGGUUGGAACCUCACAUCAUCCAUCUCAGGCGUUGUGUCUGUACCAACAAUCAGUGUACCAACCUCACAAAUCCCUGUACCCCUCCCGAGUCUACCAUUCCCAACAGACUCAUGGGAAGUUUCCAGCAGUGUUGAAAGCGGGACCAUUGUCCCUGGUAGUAACACCACAAGUUCUACGCCAGGGAACACUGGGUCUGUUACAUCCUUCUCGAGUCCUGUGGCCACGGCUUCAACAUCCGGUAGCGUCUCUAACGGCUCUGCAUCUGGCGGUAACGCUACGACGACUGGCAUUCCCGAGUUCCCUGCUGCCAACUUCACGCAUGUUACACGUACCGCAGCUCUCUCGGAAGAGACAUGCCAUUCUCUGACAAGCGACCCAGAUGGUGGCCCAACCCGCCGGGCGUUACUGUAUAACGCCAGACUUCGCGAGGACAAUGUCUCAAUCCCCAUACCGUACAUUGAGUCUGUCGAGUUUGAGGGUGAUGGUGUUUAUCCACUCUACAUAACCGUCCGCGAUGAAGCGGGAGGAAUGUACUUCGUUGACAUCUCUCGGCGGGGACAGAUUUCAGUGGUUGAUCCUGCUGGAUACUUGGUAACACUUGACGCAAAAGGUAUUCACUUCUCGGGAAGUAACUGCACGUACGACAUAUCCAUCACGAUUGACGACAUGUACGAGCAGAUAGCCGACCUGGCUGGUGUACAAUGCGCCGCUAUCAAAAGGCGUGCCGACGAUCUGAACUUUCGCCAGGUUUUGUACCUGCAUGAUCAAUGUGGUAGCGUCGUUGACAGGUCGCUCAGACAGUAUCCUCAGCUUCUCGUAGGCGACACAGUCUGCGCAGAUGUCGCUGUUGAUGGAGAAACGGGGCAAUGGGACUUUGACUGCACGUUUCCUGGGUCUCAAUCUGGAUCUUUGAAAUGUCAGUGGGCUAUCAAAAACAGCAUCAUCGACUUCAUUACAAUAGAUCCGUUUGGGGGUUCAUGUCCGGAUCUGUCUACCGUUGUUACCACCCUUGAAGAAUCGGGGAAGGAUAUUGUUGAUCCAUCGGAACUUCGCAAGGACCUCACCAACCAGGGUUUGUCCACCGACAGGGCAAAACGAGAAGCAGACGAAGCUGUCAUCGCGUAUACGCAGCUUUGGCAAGCUCUGGGUGCAUUCUUCUCCAAGAGCACAGAGUCUUCCACAGGCUCUUUGGAGGAGUACAUAGACGUGUACAACGCUCACCGAAGUUUUGAGAAUGACAUCUGCCAAUCCCUCCACGAAGGCGAGAUUCCUCUCAACCUCACUCUCAUCGCUGGCGCAUCUCAUAUCCCCGCCCUAACCACCCUCAACUGGGCGCCAGAAUCAACACGGCCUUACAACAUCACCGUGCAAGACUCUUCACGGAUCGCAUGUUGUCCUAACGGCAGCGUCGCAGAAGGUGAAGGUUCUGAAUGCGCCUAUCCACGUGAAGCUAUCAUCCCAGGCACAGGGUGUGUUUGCGGUAAGAGUGCUGGGGGUGUAGGCAUCGCGUUUGAGUGGACUGAGUGCGGGAAUUACGCUGGAAGCUGUGAGGCUGAUGGGGAUUGCAGUGAUGGAUAUUUGUGCUUGACAGAAAGUUGUUGUGGUGGGGGAGUUUGUGUCGAUGCGUAUACUUGUUCGGAGAAUGGCACUGAUUUGGUGCAGUUUGAUGGGGUGUUCUAG